CCCAGAGGCAGGAGUCCCUCUGAGGCGCAGGUGCGUGCACAGUCUUGGUUCAUAGACGCGGAGGAUACGAGCUGCCUGGUGACCCUAGGACUUUGCUCUGCUCCUCGGCAGGAACCUGCCUGGAACUCGUGUCUCUGGAGAACCCAUCCAUCAUGAGACGCCCGGCUGUCCUCCUCGCCGUGGCUCUGGCCGCCCUCCUGGCUCCAGCAGUGGCGGCGCCCGUCCGCCAGCUGAGCUCCCGGAACAAGCUGCUCCUGGUGUCCUUCGAUGGUUUCCGCUGGAACUACGACCAGGACGUGGACACCCCCAACCUGGAUGCCAUGGCGCUUGAAGGGGUGAAGGCUCGCUACAUGACCCCGGCCUUCAUCACCUUGACCAGCCCCUGCCACUUCACCCUGGUCACUGGCAAGUACAUCGAGAACCACGGGGUGGUGCACAACAUGUUCUACAACACGAGCAGCAAGCUGAAGCUGCCCUACCACACCACGCUGGGCGUCCAGGGGUGGUGGGACAAUGGCAGUGUACCCAUCUGGGUCACGGCCCAGAGGCAGGGCCUGAAGACCGGCUCAUUCUUCUACCCCGGCGGGAAUGUCACCUACCAAGGCGAGGCCGUGACGCUGAGCCGGAAGGAAGGCUUCCUGCACAACUACAAGGAUGAGGCGGAGUGGAGGGCCAACAUUGACACGGUGAUGGAGUGGUUUACGCAGGAGGGCCUGGACCUCGUCACGCUCUACUUUGGGGAGCCAGACUCCACGGGCCACAGGUACGGCCCCGAGUCCCAGGAGAGGAAGGAGAUGGUGAUGCAGGUGGACAGGACGGUGGGCUACCUCCGGGACCGCAUCAGGCUCAGUGGCCUGGAGAGCAGCCUCAACCUGAUCAUCACGUCCGACCACGGCAUGAGCACGGUCAACAAGAACGCCAGCGACCUGGUGGAGCUCCACAAGGUCUCCAACUUCUCCUUCAAGGACAUUGAGUUCGAGCUCCUAGACUACGGACCCAACGGCAUGCUGCUCCCCAAGGAAGGGAUGCUGGAGAAGGUGUACGAGGUCCUCAAGGAUGCCCACCCCCGGCUCCACGUCUACAAGAAGGAGAACUUCCCCAAGUCCUUCCACUACGCCAAUCACUCCAGGGUCACCCCCCUGCUCAUGUACAGCGACCUCGGCUAUGUCAUCCACGGGAGAGUGAACGUGCAGUUCAACAACGGGGAGCACGGCUUCGACAACAAGCUCAUGGACAUGAAGACCAUCUUCCGGGCCACGGGCCCCAGCUUCAAGAGGGGCCUGGAGGUGGAGCCCUUCGAGAGCGUCCACGUGUACGAGCUCAUGUGCCGGCUGCUGGGCAUCGUGCCAGAGGCCAACGACGGGCUCCUCAGCACCCUGCUGCCCACGCUCCGGGAGGAGGCCGGCGACGCGGCCCCCAGCACCUCGCUGGCCACGCCCCCCUCAGGCUCCGCCCUCCUGCCAAGUGGCCGGCCCCACUUGGUGACAGGACUACUGGUGGCUGCAAUUCUUCUGGCCAAGGUUGCAUAACACCCACUGCUCAAGGCCCACCUCCUCCAAGAAGCCUCCAGAAGCUGCCACAGGGCCUGCUCCAGUCCCUGCUGUGAUGGUCUUUUGGACACAGACGGGCCUGUCUCCUCAACUGACGGGGGACAAUGCCUGCAUGCCUCCACGUCCCCACAGCUCCAGCCCACCUUGGCCAUUCUGGUGCUGGCCAUAUAACCCCUUGGGACGCCCAGGCCCACUCACCCGUCCAUGGCCCCCAGACCCACAGGGCGCGCCCUCCUUCCUCCCACCAGAGAACCUGCCCCACGGACGGCGCCCCUGUCUUUGGCCACUGGAGGGCACCCUGGAGCUCGCGGGCAGGUGACAAUAAAUUCAGCUGUAUGA